AUGAUGAAGGUUAUUACAUCUUUACAAGAGUUACCACUAGAAAUAUUAAUAAAUAUUUGUUCAUUUUUAGAAGAAUCUGAUAUAAUUAUUUUACAAUCUCUAAACAAGUUUUUUAAUACACUUUUACAUGAUCAAGAAUUUUGGAAAAAACUUAUCUAUCAGAAAUUUUUGACUCUGAAAUUCCCGUCCUUAUCUCGUCAAGACAGCUUCAUUGAAGAGUUUUACGAAAGGAAAAGAAUCCUGAAUGAUUGGAAACACAAUAAAGUCAUCAAAAAUAAAUAUACCAUCAACCCAUACCGAAGUAUCCCAACUCAAAUAGAAAGAAUCAUUUUCAAAUAUCCUCGUUGUUAUCUUUACCAUGAAGGAAUAAUCACCAUAGUCCAACUAAACAAUUCUAACCCCUUCAGUGGUGGGUAUGACAACAACAACAAUAACAACAAUAAUAAUACUGCAAGAGGCUCCACCAUCAGUACAAGAAGAAGAACUAAGUUCACUUAUAUCCCCUGCACCACUCCGCAAGGUUGUUCUACAAUGGAUUUUAAUCUUCAUGCAGCUGUGUUUGGCAGAUUCGAUGGCAGGAUCUUUGCAAAGCUUUUGACAAACAAAUCUUUUCUGCAACCCGUUAUCGAAUUCAAUUCUUUGCAUACCCAGAGUUCUUGUGUCACCUCCAUAAAUAUCAUGCCGGAUAUCUUCGAGACAAAAAAGACCGUUUGCGUGUCUGGUACCGAGUUAGGCGAGGUUUGUUGGUGGGAGGACACAAACCUGUUAAAGCGACUACAGUUGUCUUCCUAUACCAUCGUUAAACUCUACACCUUCAACAGGGAGAAAAAUACCAACUACACCAUCUGUGUCGAUUCUAAAUUAAAUUGUUUUGUGGUUUUAAACAGAGGUGAAAUCAUACACGAGAUCAAUUUGAUUAACGACUGUAGAUUACCACAUAGCUUGACUAUAAACGAAAUCCUCUUCUUUAGAAUAGAUUACGGGUCCAUGAAUCUCAUAUUUGUCACACUCACAAACGUAUGGGUUAUCUCAGUUGAUCCCAAAAAGGAUCUAGGCCACCUUAAGAGUUUUGAAUUGUCCUCUAAGCAAGAUGAAAGAAUCAAAGAUGUCUACAUCGAUGAUAUGACAACCAUGAGAGAGCAGAAUUUAUCCAUCGUUGGUGAAGAUGGCUGUUAUAUGGCUAUUGUACUGGAUUCCAACGAUAUACUUAUAUUAAAUUGUAGGGAAUCUUUAGAAACAGACUCUAAGAAACUAAGAUUACAUAAAAGAUUGAUCUUUAACGAAAUUAUAACUGCAUGUCAAAUCAACAAUUCCGUAUUGGUCGUAACAUUAGAAGAUAACUUAAAGAUUAUUGACCCCACUACUGGGGACCUUUUGAAAACUGUACCAAAAGUAGAUAAAUUGACCCAGUUUAUUAGGAUCUAUGAUAAUAAAAUAGUAACUGCCACCGGUAAUAAUUUGAACGUUUAUCAAUUUAAUCCAAAUCAUAAAUUUAAACGCCAUAACAAUAAAUAUCUAAACUCUGAUGGAUCAAUGCGUCACAAUACAAAACCUUUAAGAGGUCACAAUCAAGUUAACAAUAAAUGGAAUAUUAAUUUGAAUGUAGCUAAAAAAUUAUUUGAUGAAGAAGAAGAAUUAAUUCAAAGAAGAAUCAAUGAAAAUGAGAGACUACUAAACGAAUACGGUGGUGACAUAUACUCAAGCAAUAAUUAUAUCCAUAUUAAUAGGAAUUUGUAUGAAGACGAAGAAGACGAAGAAGAUAUAAAUUUAAGAAUUGCUCUUCUGGAAUCUCAACAAGAAUUAUCAAGAUCACAUAUCCAUUCAGGUAAUAAUGAUAACAAUGAUGAAGAGAGUCAGUUACUACGAGCAAUAGAGCAAUCUGAAAGAUUGCAACAACAACAACAAGGUUCUACUGCAUCAAACCAUGCUCGACUGGCUGAGGAUGAAGAAUUACAAAGAGUACUUGAAUUAUCAAGACAAGAAUAUGAACAAAGAUUGGCUAUUCCAGCAAGUGUUGAAAAUUCACAUAAUAUAUCAGAUACCCAAACAUUAUCGCCAAACAUAGGGAAUUUAGUAUCUGAAUCGUUUAGACGAUUGGAUAUAUCCGAAAAUCUCCCCCCUGCAGGAAUAGCCACAUCAUCAACAGAAGAUGAAGAUUUAGCAUUAGCCAUCGCACUAUCGUUAAGUGAAAUGCAAUAG